CACAGAAGAACACACGUACCCGGAAGCGGAGUCGCCGUUGUGGUCACAGGUUCAAAGUUGACAAUGGCUGCUAUGUCCUUUCUUUGGAGGAAUGCGGGAAUGCUGCUUAAAUCGGGCCGAGAAACGCCUGGGCUCCUGGCCGCCGCUCGCCUACUUAGUUCGGGUGCCCAGUAUGAGUACAUCAUGGUGGAGAAGCGGGGAGAGAAAAAGAACGUGGGUUUCAUCCAGCUGAACCGACCGAAGGCCCUCAAUGCUUUGUGCGACGGGCUGAUGACAGAAGUGGCUGAGGCCUUAGACGCUUUCGAGAGCGACGGAGAAGUGGGCGCCAUCGUCAUCACCGGCAGCGACCGAGCGUUUGCAGCGGGAGCGGACAUCAAGGAAAUGCAGAAUCGGACGUUCCAGGAGUGUUACGGUGGUAACUUCCUGGCUCACUGGAACAAAGUUUCCACAGUGAAGAAGCCGGUUAUUGCUGCCGUCAAUGGCUUUGCUUUGGGCGGCGGCUGCGAGUUGGCCAUGAUGUGUGACAUCAUCUACGCUGGAGAGAAAGCUCAGUUUGGCCAACCAGAAAUCCUGCUGGGGACCAUCCCUGGGGCGGGGGGCACGCAGCGUUUGACCCGUGCGGUGGGAAAAUCUCUCGCCAUGGAGAUGGUGCUAACUGGAGACAAAAUUGGUGCUCAGGAAGCCAAACAGUCAGGCUUGGUGAGUAAAAUCUAUCCCGUGGACCAGCUUGUGUCGGAAGCUGUGAAAUGCGGGGAGAAAAUCGCUGCUAACUCCAAGCUGGUGUCUUCUAUGGCUAAAGAGGCGGUCAAUGCAGCCUAUGAACUGACUCUGGCCGAGGGGAAUCGUUUUGAGAAGCGUUUAUUCCACGCUACCUUUGCAACGGAGGAUCGCAAGGAAGGCAUGACUGCAUUUGUGGAGAAGAGAAAGGCCAGUUUUCAGGACAAGUGAUGGAUCAAGCCAUCAAACUUCAAGAAAUCAGCAGAACUGAGCUUAACAGUAGCAGGUUGAUGUUCUGACACUCAUUAGAGCAAGACAAGUGCCUCAUGGGUGUCAAAGAAGACAAAUAAUGUUGAUCAUGAAAUGCUAUACCAAUAAUAUAUCAUCAUAACUACACACUUUCUCAUUAUGGACAUUUCUCAGCAACUCAAUCAACAAUUGCACUCAAAAUCAUUGAUGACAUGAAUUGCAACAAGUGCCCUAUGGAUAGUAAAUCAAUUAGGAUGUGAGUGCACACGUCUUUUCACUUUGAUAUUUUUGCAAUUAUUUACAGUAGUCUGAUCACAGAUGACUUUUUGUUCCUUCAAUCUUGUGUUUUUCUGUGUACAUUUUACAAAUAAAUGCUAAGAAUGUA